UGUAGUACUCGUAGAUACGAAUCCCCCUAAUAAUAGUUUUACUUGAAACCAGCGCUAUCCCUAUCAUUCGAGUGACUCCUCGUGUAACCGACAGGUUACAAUUACGACCACGAUCAUUUUCGAAAACAGCUGAAAAUAGUUCAAGGCUUCGGAGUCCAUAUUCUAUCUGUUGAGCUUCAGCUAACUACCUGGGAUGGGACAUCCCAUAGUCCAGACUCGUUGGUCAACCGAGUCAUUUCGGACGAUAAGUGAAGCUAGUGAAGACUCAAUCGGCCGAUUCGUCGUCAAUAUCUUUAUGCAAUUUCGGCCAUAGGUAUCGGCCGACCACGGAUACUCUACUAUCGUAUAAAAGGUUGCUGCAAGAAUCAAAAUAAACAUCUGCUCUUCGUCGUAGUUUCAAAGUUUGAGCAUCGGCAUCCGUUCUGGUACGCCAAGUGACUCCAUACUACAACAAUUCCACCCCGCAACUAGUAUAUACGAUACGAUGACCUCAAAUUCCGCUCAAGAACCCACAUCGUCCGUUCCCGAUUCUUCAGGGUGGUCUGCAGCUUUAUACAACAAAAACGCAAAUUUUGUGUACUCCCCCGCCUACACAACCCCCGUCCUCGAGCUCUUAGCGGCGAAACCGGGCGAACGGAUCAUGGAUUUCGGAUGUGGAAGUGGAGAGGUCACUGUAGUGAUUGAGAAGAUCGUGAAAGGGAAGGAGGGAGGAUACAUUGCGGCAGUAGACUUUAGUGAGAGCAUGGUUGAGAAGGCCAAAACACAAGGACUACCUGAAGCAUUCGUUUGUGACAUCCAAGACUUGGCAUUCCCUCCUUCGAGUGUAUAUAGUGGUCCUCGAGAGGAAUUCGAUGCGGUGUUCACUAAUGCAACAUUGCAUUGGUGUAAGCGUAACCCUUCCGGAGUGAUACGGUCUGCAAAGAGGAUUCUCAAGAAAAAAGGAAGGUUCGUUGGUGAAAUGGGAGGGUUCCUGAACUGUAUCGGGAUUCGCACAGCGUUGAAAACAGUGCUCAAGUCAAAAGGACAUGAUGGUUUCGAGCGCGACCCGUGGUUUUUCCCAUCUCCAGAAGAAUAUAGUAUGUUACUUAAAGCGGAGGGCUUUGAUGUAACGCACAUCUCUCUUACGCCUCGGCUCACACCACUAGAAACAGGCCUGUACGGCUGGCUGAACACAUUCGCGAGAGGCUCCUGGUUAAAGGAUUUGACUGAGCAAGAAGCUGAUGAGAUAAUGAAGGAGGUCGAAGAGAUGUGUCGCGUUGAUUGUCAGGAUGGAAAUGGAAAUUGGGCGAUGGUUUAUGUUAGAUUGAGGUUUGUUGCAGUUCUGGAUGGGUGAGUUAUUUUCCGUCGUACAGGUGGAUACAAAUAUUAGAGAAGUCUGUCGAUGUAAUAGUUGUCCUUCCUGGUGAUCUUCUGAGUUUUCAGUUGGAUGUUUCGUCGGGGCACCGGUUGAGCCUGAGUUCUCACAGUGCUCUGCUUGCAGCCUUGCAGUCGCUUUCGGCGAUGAACCUAGAACGUGAAACACGAGUAAAAUAAAAAGAUGAAAAAGGCGGGUAUUUCCACCCUAUGCAACAACGUAAAACCUUCAUCCGCCUGGCGCUUUGACCCUGUCACAAAAGCAUCUUGUCGUUCAGCCAGAAGCAGAUCAGCUUGAGGUAGUUUGCAAAACACGGAAAUAUAAACCUGGCAUGAGAUUAAAAAAGUGGUCAUCAUACUCGUCAAGCGUGAUGGCG